AUGACUUUACCUUCUAACAAUUUACUAGAUUUUACGGAAAAAGAAACCGAAAAACAUCGAAGCUCAUUAGAUAGCCUUGUUCAAAUUGCAAGUAAUAUGUCAAAUUCAAAUUCAAAUUCAAAUUCAAAUUCAAAUAAUAACAAUUUACUGUAUAAUAUAUAUGAUCAAGUUAACAGUCAGUCUCCAAUGAUGUUAAAUUCAAAUGAUCCCGUGGUUGCAAAUUCUUCAUCCCCAUCCCCAUUUUCAAAUUCAAAUCAAAAGACAUCAAAAUCAGUUAAAUCCAAGCGAAUGGCUUGUGUUGAAUGUAGACAACAAAAAUCUCGGUGUGAUGCUUUUGAAAAACAACCUAAUCCAUGUACAAGAUGUCAGAAAAAGGGAUUAAAAUGUGAUUUAAAAUCAGAUUAUAAACGAACUUAUAAAAGGGCAAGAAUAGCUCAAAUUGAAAAAGAAUUUCAAGAAUUGAAGAAGAGAUUGAAUCACCAACAAGCUGACGAGUUAUUGGCUAAAUUUCCUUCUUUAGCCAAUGCAAAUAAUGAAAUUUCAAUGAGAAAUGAUUUAAGUAAAAUAAAACAAGAAGUAAAUCAACAACAUUUAAUACAGCAAGCGCCAGGUACUGAGUCAAACUAUAAUCCAAAUUUUCAACCUCAGCCUCAACCACAACCACAACCACUAUCGCAACCUAAAACUAAAAGCUCGCAUAGAAUCAAAGAAUCAAUACAGCAAAAUGUUACAGAAACAAUACCUUCAGUACAAGAUCUACCUCAAGAAAUACUAUACUGUGAAGAAAAAUCACUCGACACAAUCUCCCUAUCAUCUGAAACUAUAAAAUCAUUAUAUCUUGAAUAUGUUGAAAUGUAUCAUCCUAUAUUACCAGUAGUUGAUAUUUUAAAAGGACCAGAACGUAUUUUUAAGUUAUGUCCUGCAUUAUUUUGGGUAAUUAUGUUUAUUUCAUUACGUAGAUUUCAGGAAGAUACGUCAAAACAAUUAUUAAUUCAAUUAUCACCUAUUGUAAAAGGAAUCUUGGCUGAAAUUAUGAUAUCUCCAAUAACAAGAUAUAAUCCCACAGAAGAAGAUGAACCGAUCUUCAAUGUUUCUUCAGUUUAUUCAGUACAAGCAUUUUUAUUAUAUUCAUAUUGGCCACCAAUUACAUCUUCAUUAAGUGCAGAUUCAUCAUAUAAUACAGUGGGGACUGCAUUUUAUCAAGCUAUUAGAAUUGGUUUACAUUCUCCAUUACUGAAUUUUAAAAUGUCACAUAAACAUAAUUCAAUGGCAUUAUCUAUUCAACAACAAAAUAAAACCCCACAACAAUUGACUAUGAUAACAGAACAGAUUAAAACUUGGGUUGUUUGUAAUAUUGCAAGUCAAACAAUUGCAACUGCUUUUGGAUUUCCUGCAUGUGUUCAAUUUGAUUCAAGUAUAUUAUUUCAUAAUCGACCAGGUAGUGAUAUAAAAAUUCCAAAGAAUCUUAAAAUCAUGCUUGAAAUUACCCAUUUCGAAGAUCAAAUGUCAAAAUCAUUAAACUCAAACCCCGUGGAUCCUUGUGGAUUAAUUGAUUCAAAUGAAAGAUUACCAUUAUUAAAAUUAUUAGGAUCAAGAUUAGAUGAAUUGGAAAUUAAAUAUCAAUCUGAGUUAUCUGAACAAGAUGUGGGUUUUAGAAAAUUUGAAAUAUAUUCUACGAGAAUUCAUUUAUUAAGUUAUUAUUUCAUGGAUUCGUCAAAUGUUCCCAAAUUUGAAUUACAAAAUGGGUUAAUUAAAUUAUAUAAUGCCGCAAUUACAUUGAUUGAACAUACGCAAUUUUGUCAAUCUAAAAAUGUCAAAUUUGUUAAAUAUUUACCAGGGGUCCAUUUAUUAAAUUUAUGGCAAGCUGGAGUUAUAAUUGGGAAACUUACUCAUUCAAAUUUGAAAAAUUUCAUAAAUACAACACAAGGAAAACUGAGCUAUGAAGCAGUAAUUAAUCUAACAGCUAAAGCAUCAAUACUCAAACACGAUAUGGCAUUUAGAUCAAGUGGAAUUACGAAAAAUAUGUGGCAAUUGUUUAUUACUUUGGAUAAAAUGAAAGUAAACAAUUUAAGCAUAGACAUAAGGAACAGAAUGUCAGCUUCUGUUUUCUUUGAUUGUUUAAAUUUAUUAAGAACUCAAGUAGGAAUGACUAAAUUGAAUACAAAAACAGAUGAAUCAAAUUCAGUAGAUGAUGAUAUUGAAGAUGAAAAUAAUGAUGAAAACGCAAUAAAUGAAUCCGAAGAAGAAGAAAUUGAGAAACAAAUUGAAGAAAAUGUAUCAAGUCAAAAAUCAACUCCCGCAAGUACUACAUCUUCCGGCAGGGCAAGAAAAACAAGAAGUUUAUCAAAUACAAUUGAUGCAGAAUCAAAAGCUAGGAAAAUUAUACGAACGAUUCCAUUAGAUCCAGAACCAAUAUCAAUUAAUUCAAAUAAAAGAAGUUCAAUAUUUAAAGUUGUUAAUUCUUCAAAUGAUUCAUCACCACAAUUUAAACUGAAUAGUAAUUCCCCAAUGACUAAUAAAAUUGAAUCGAAACAAAAAGCAAAUGAACCUAUUGUUUCUAAUCUUGAGACUGAUUUCCUACAACCUCAAGUUUCAAAUGUACAGCCUAUAUAUCAAUUUAAUUCAUAUUUACCUAAAUAUCAGAAUCAAAAUCAACAAGUACCUAGUCAGUCGAAUUAUAAUUUUACUGAAUCUCCGAAUCAAAUGGGGUUGGAUAGUUUAGAUAUGAAUCAAUUUGAUCAUGAUAUGCUAUGGAGAGAUGUUGAUAGUGUAAUGAAUGAUUUUGGAUUUCAUACAUAG